ACAAAGGUAGAGAGAGAAAGAAGAGAGAGAUUAGAGAGAGAGAGAGAGCUUAGAGAGGGAGAGGGAGAGAGAGAGAGAGAGAGAGGGUUUGAGGUGUUCUUCUCGUAUCGUCGUCUCUACGGUCAACGAAGUCGGCGUCCGUUUUCCUCGUGGGCUUUUCAACAUCUCUUCCCCCUCUCUCUAUCUCAAUCCUAUUUCCAAUUUUGGUUUCUUUGAAUUCGUUUUGGUUUCAAUUGGAAUUGCGUGGAAUUUCGGUCACACCAAUUUGAUCUCCUUUAUAAGUGUCCAUAUCACGGUUCCAUUCGUAUGCCCGAGGCCUAAAUUUGCGAUUUUGAGUAGUGGGUAUUGCGAUUUAGGGUCCAAUUCUAGUACCCCAUAGCUAAAUUUGCGAUUUUGAAUUAUAAACGGUGUUGGAUUGGGGGAAUUUGAUAUUGGGUAGCGUUUUUCCGGGGAUUUGAUUGGUAAAGGAGGGAGCUUUCUUGGUUCCCUCUCGAUUUCGCAGUAGUUUGUGUCGGAUUAUGGACCUUUCGAAGAGAAUUAUAGAGUUUUCGGAGUUUUUAUAGGUUUUGUUCCUACUGGGGCGUUGAUUUUAUAGCUUUUUCAUUGCUUUGAUUCGGCAAAAUGAGUGACGCGAAGGGUUUUGAUGUUGGGAAUGCGAAUGAGGCGAAAUUGAAGGGAUCGGCGAGCUUCGACAGUAAGGAUAUGUACUUCAGGGCGGAUAAGAUUGAUCUGAAGAGCUUGGAUAUACAGCUGGAGCAGCAGUUCAAUAAGGCUUGGACCAAAAACAGUGGCGGUGCGAAGAAGCCCAAAGAAGAAUGGGAGAUUGAUCUAGCAAAGCUCGAAGUUCGGUAUGUUGUAGCCCAAGGGACGUAUGGGACUGUUUACAGGGGAACAUAUGAUGGCCAGGAUGUUGCAGUGAAGUUGUUGGACUGGGGAGAAGAUGGCUUUGCCACAGAUACUGAAACUGCUGCUCUUCGGGCAUCAUUUCAGCAAGAAGUUGCUGUAUGGCACAAGCUUGAUCAUCCAAACGUCACAAAGUUUGUUGGUGCAUCUAUGGGAACUACGGACCUUAAGAUCCCACCAAAGAACCCCACCAGUGGCAGCCCUACUCACCUUCCAGCAAGAGCAUGUUGUGUGGUUGUCGAGUAUCUUCCUGGGGGAACUUUAAAGCAGUACCUGAUAAAAAAUAGGAGAAGAAAACUCGCCUACAAGAUUGUGGUUCAGCUUGCGUUGGAUUUAUCUAGAGGAUUGAGCUAUCUGCACUCGAGAAAGAUCGUGCACCGGGAUGUCAAAACCGAGAACAUGUUGUUGGAUGUGCAUAGGAACCUCAAAAUUGCUGAUUUUGGGGUUGCUCGUGUUGAGGCUCAGAAUCCGAAGGAUAUGACUGGUGAAACGGGUACACUUGGCUACAUGGCUCCUGAGGUCCUCGAAGGCAAGCCUUAUAAUAGAAAAUGCGACGUCUACAGCUUCGGCAUUUGUUUAUGGGAAAUCUACUGCUGCGACAUGCCGUACCCUGACCUCAGCUUUGCCGAUGUUUCCUCUGCUGUUGUUCGACAGAAUUUACGGCCAGAAAUCCCUCGGUGCUGCCCGAGUGCUCUGUCCAACAUUAUGCGGAAAUGUUGGGAUGCGAACCCGGACAAACGGCCCGAUAUGGACGAGGUCGUUCGGCUCUUGGAGGCGAUCGACACGAGCAAAGGUGGCGGCAUGAUACCUGAUGAUCAGGCGGGCGGUUGCCUUUGUUUCUUCAGGGCUCGCGGUCCGUAGUUAUGCCCCGCCUUUUCGCCUUCCCUUUUCCAUCUGUCUCCCCUUCGCUUCUCGUGUAUGACAUGAAGAGUUUUGGUGCCAUGAGUUGUUGGGUUAUUUGAAAUGCCGGAGUUUGUUUCUCGACCAAAAUUGUGUUGUAUUGUCGACCCGGCGAAGGUGUUUUUCGCACUGCAUUCAUUGUGAGCUUUUUUGACCUAAGAUCUGCACUGUAUUUAUAGCUGUGGUCUUCUUCUUGUACCUGUGGUUCGUCGAGAAUGGCUUUCUCGCAUUCAACAAAUAAAUGCUUUGUAAUGGAUGUAAAAUUAAAAACCUGAUCAUUAUUCCUUAUGAUCUCAGUAUAUUCUGUCGCAUUCAAUCU